AUGGGCAGCCUUGCUAUGGGUAUCCGGGAUGCUGCAGCAGAACUCGCUCGCAUGGGGGUCGAGCUACCUCAGAGGAAUGCCCAGCUGGCUGAGGAUAUGGAAGUCAUAAAAGGAUUAGCUGCUCACUAUGAUGGGCUUCUCAAAGACUAUUGCAAUGAGAUCAUCGCUGCUAAUAAGAUUCGACGAGAGAUUACCAAAGCAACACCUGAUGAAGAGGAACUCAGGAGCAAGAUAACCGAAGAAGUCAAAAAGACUCGUGAGGAGAACAUAUCAGCGUUGAAGUCCAAGCUCAACUUCUAUCAGAUCUUCCUUAGUGGUUUUAGACAAUCUCAGGAGCUCAUGGGUAAUCCUAGCUGGUAUGUUGGCCAACUGCACCAGGACAUUGAAUCGGAAAGGAGUGCUCGAUUCUCCGACUUCUUGAAGAAGGUUCUUGUUGUAUCAGAUUUCCUUCUAUUUCCCUUUAUCAAUGGAUUUUUGUGGAACAGAACCUCCAGCAUCUUGGUGAUGUUCUUCUGCUUCUUGAGCAUUCUGAUCAUAGUCCUUCAACCGAAUGGGGGUCGCCGGUGGUGCGCCCGGUGGGGCCUGGGAAGGGGAGGGCGGGCAAGCGUGACGGCGACGAUUCUUGCUGGGAAAUCGUGUCGCGCUGUUGGUUUCGAUUGUUGUGUGCAGUGGCCGUUUCGUAAAAAGCGGGGGAGUGCGGAGGAGAAGAAAGGGAAGGGCGGUGAGGUUACCGUUGGCGAGGAGAGGAGAGAGGGGAGGACUGGCGAGAUAUAUGUAACGGUUGAUGAAGGGUUUGCAUUGGAAUUGGAAGAGCUCCUCCGAGCAUCAGCUUAUGUUGUAGGAAAGAGCAAAAGUGGGAUUGUUUAUAGAGUGGUGGUUGGUAGAGGGUCAGCAGUGGCAGUGAGGAGGUUGAGUGAGGGAGAGGAGGGGGAAGGAGAAGAGGACGAGUGGAAGAAGAGGAGGUCGUUUGAAACAGAGGCAAUGGCUAUUGGGCGCGCAAUUCAUCCUAAUGUCGUGAGGUUAAGAGCUUAUUACUAUGCCCCUGAUGAGAAGCUGCUAAUUUAUGACUACAUUACUAAUGGCACCUUGCAUUCUGCUCUUCAUGGUGGAGCACUGAAUCCAACAGCUCAGCCCCUACGCUGGGCAACAAGGCUUGCAAUAAUCAAAGGUGCAGCCAGGGGCUUAGCAUAUCUCCAUGAGUGCAGCCCAAGAAAAUACAUCCAUGGGAACAUAAAAACCUCGAAGAUCCUUCUUGACGAUGAUCUCCAACCCUACGUCUCUGGCUUCGGUCUCACCAGACUCCUCUCUGGCACACAAAAGUUCACCCACUCCCUCUCAAAAAAACUAGCUGCUACUGCCAUCACCCAAUGCACGGCGACAACCUCCAUUGAAUACUUGGCCCCUGAGGCUCGAAUCCCAGGAACCUUAAUCACCCAAAAGUGUGAUGUUUACUCAUUUGGCAUCGUGCUGUUAGAGGUAUUGACUGGUAGACUGCCCGGUGGCAAAGUGGAGAUUGGACAGGAAGAGGUUGAGGGAUUUGUGAGGAGGGCAUUCAAGGAAGAGAGGCCUUUAUCUGAGGUCAUAGAUCCUACUUUGCUACAUGAAGUGCAUGCAAAGAAACAGGUGCUUGCUGUGUUUCAUGUGGCUCUCGGAUGCACUGAAUCUGAUCCUGAGUUGAGGCCAAGGAUGAGAGCUGUAUCUGAUAGCCUGGACCGAGUUGGGUCGAGCGACUGAGUACCAUGACUUUUUGUUGUAAAUUUACGUCUUGGUCUCGGAAUUCACAACUCAAAUACGACCCCCUCUCUAUAAUCAAUUCAAAACUUGGAAGAAAAAUGAGAUUUAUAGAGAGUUGUAUUUGAGAUGUGUUAUUUUGGUUCUAGUUAAGUGUAAGCUUUUGUAGGCGUAAAGGCCGACAGGCCUGUAAUUUAGUGUUCAAUAUGUUCUGCGGGCCUGAUGGAAGGCAGGGUUGGCUGCUGGUGGAACGCGUGCUCUUCUCGAGCAUGCAUCAAAAAUUCAAAACACGUUGGUGUCUCUUAAUCUAUUUUUUAUGUUGGUGCAGUU